GUAGACACCAAACGCACCAAUUGCGUUCCAGUGGGCGGGGUUUGACCGCUAAUCCAGGAUGUGAAUGUUUCGUUUAGUCCGUGCAACUGGCAAAGAUGUUUACAAUAAAUAUAUUCUGCAUUUUUAUGUUUAGUUCCAGUGACCAUGAAGAAAACAACUAGAUGAAAGCCGCAGACGUUUAUCUCUCGCUUUGUCUGCACUUUGCAUGAGCAGAGGGGAUUGAAUGGUCACUGAUUGCUGUCCUCGGUUGGGAUUGCAGCUUGGCCUGUCAGUGUACUGCUGUUACAAUCAUGUUUAUUUCAUAGAGAUGGCAACGAGGGGCACAUUAUAAACUAAAUGACUGUCAGAAACAUCGCCUCCAUCUGUAAUAUGGGCACCAAUGCCUCUGCUCUGGAGAAAGACAUUGGUCCAGAGCAGUUCCCCAUUAAUGAACACUACUUUGGAUUGGUUAACUUUGGGAACACAUGCUACUGUAACUCAGUGUUGCAGGCUCUGUAUUUCUGCCGGCCGUUCAGGGAGAAUGUGUUGGCGUAUAAAGUCCAGCAGAAGAAGAAGGAGAACCUUCUCACCUGUCUGGCCGACCUCUUCCACAGCAUCGCCACGCAGAAGAAGAAGGUGGGCGUGAUCCCUCCCAAGAAGUUCAUCUCACGUCUGCGGAAGGAGAAUGACCUGUUUGAUAACUACAUGCAGCAGGAUGCCCACGAGUUCCUGAACUACCUGCUGAACACGGUGGCUGACAUCCUCCAAGAGGAGAAGAAACAGGAAAAACAGAAUGGACGACUAAAGAACAACGGCACUGCCAUCGCCACGGACACCGAGCCAGAACAGAACAAGGCCGAGCCCUCCUGGGUUCAUGAUAUCUUCCAGGGAACGCUGACCAAUGAGACGCGCUGUCUCAACUGUGAGACGGUCAGUAGCAAGGAUGAAGACUUUUUGGAUUUGUCUGUAGAUGUUGAGCAGAACACUUCAAUAACACACUGUCUCAGGGACUUCAGUAAUACAGAGACCCUGUGCAGUGAGUAUAAAUACUACUGUGAGACGUGCUGUAGCAAACAAGAGGCACAGAAACGUAUGCGUGUGAAGAAGCUGCCCAUGAUCCUGGCUCUUCAUCUGAAGCGCUUUAAGUACAUGGAGCAGCUGCAUCGGUACACUAAACUGAGCUAUCGAGUGGUCUUUCCACUGGAGCUCCGCCUCUUCAACACCUCUGGAGACGCCGUCAACCUCGACCGCAUGUACGACCUUGUCGCUGUGGUGGUCCACUGUGGCAGUGGCCCAAACAGAGGGCAUUACAUCACCAUCGUGAAGAGUCAUGGCUUCUGGCUGCUGUUUGAUGAUGACAUUGUUGAGAAAAUUGAUGCACAGGCGAUAGAGGAGUUCUACGGUUUGACUUCUGACAUUUCCAAGAACUCCGAGUCGGGAUACAUCCUGUUCUAUCAGUCCAGAGAAUGAAGGAGCAGAGGGGGAACAAAUGAAGAGCAGAGGAAGAACGUGAGAAGAGAUCAACAAGAGGAAGGGUAUUUGUGAAGAUGACAUCCACUAGAUUCCUUUUCCACAUCCCUCUCCUUUUCCUCAUCUCAUACUCAGGGUCUCCAGCUGAGACUGAGUGCCAAAAGCCCUCUGUAAUCCCAUUUGCCAGUACGACAUUUCCCAUUCUCCCAAUCUCACUGCACUCUGCGGGGGGAAAACGCAUCUUCAAAUCUGACCCUCAAGUCAGUCACCUGCAUCUGGAAGGCACUUUAUAAACAACAAUAAGUAACACAAAAGCAACACAACAAAAAAAUCACAACAUAUUCAACUACAAUACUUGUGAAAACUUGAAGGAAUCAAAAAGCAGCAAUGAGUCCUGGUACUCUAGCAAGUGCCCAGGAAAGUGCCUCUCAUCCUGGGUAUCUGAAACCAGGAGGAGGGUUUCUCUCUCUCGAUCUCUGGCUCAAGGUCAGGGACCCGUUUCGGGUCACUUUAGAUGUUCCAUACUGUGAUGCCCACUCAUCGGUCCUCCUUCAUACGACUCUUACCCAGUAGCUGGUUGAAUCCGCACAUCCUAGUUCAGUCCUGGUCAUCAGAGGGCCUGUUUGCACUGUGUGACAAUUUGUUUUGGAUUUUGGCAUGUUGUGGGAAUGAGAUUAUGAUUCUGAGCGGUCUGUUACAUGAGUGAGUGUAUUUGUGAGUGUGUGUGUGUCUGCAUUUAGUCAUGCAGGCAGCUGCUGUGAAGUGACUUUGCUUUUCAUCCAGAAAUAGUUGCAGUCUUGUUACCAAGAGAGUUUUCAAAAAUUGUCCUAUUGAAUUCUUUGCUCUCUUCGAGUAACAAAGAAAAAGGGCAGAACUGCAAGGCUGAAAUGCUGCUUUUUUCUCCCUUAUCUAACACUGUUGUUACCUAACUUCUUUUGUAGGUAAUGGCCUUACUUACUUAGUUACGAGUGUUAACAACCUUGCAGUCAGCUCUUGUUGUUAGGUUCACCCAAAUCUGCCGAUCCCGACUGACUUCAUCCCACAAAGCACUCUGCUUCAGUCUCACCUUUAGUUCCUGCUUUAGUUCCACCAGUUGGCUUGAAUACAUCUUUUUUUCUCUUAAAUAGAUGUUGUAACUUGGUCCCUGGUCAUUUUUACAAAGCAAAAUGAUGUGGCAUUUCUUUUUAUCAUUACCUUGAGGUGUUAAAGGAGUAGUUCACCCACAAAGAAAAUUUGUUGAAUAUUUACUCGCCCUCAGGCCAUCCAAGAUGCUCACCAAUAGAUUCUCUGCCAUGUGAAUGGGUGCCGUCAGAAUCAGAGUUUAAAGAGCUGAUAAAAACAUCAAAAUAAUAAUUAAUUCACAUGACUCCACUUAACAGCUUGUGAAGUGUAAAGAUGCAAGUAUGUUGUAAUUUCAAAACAUUGCUUCCAGCUAGAAUGCUAUGUCCAUAAUAUUGCUCUCUCCAGUGAAAAAAAUUGUCUCGUCUCAAUCAGGAGAGAAAUAUGAACGGAUCAAGCAACAUUUACAAGUCUUACAAAGCAAUUGUAAGCAAAUAUGUCGGUGGAUUUUGAUGUUGCAGGACAAGAAGCGAUGGAAUUGUGUUGUGAAAUAUAGACUAGAAAUAUAGUUUAAAACGUUGAUGAGUUUGUUUAUUACCAACAUGUAGCUUUUUGCUUCACAAGACAUUAAUUGAUAGACUGGAGUCGUGUGGAUUUCUAGUGGAUCAUUGUUUUUUUAUCAGCUGUUUGGACUCUCAUUCUGACGGCACCCAUUCACUGCAGAGGAUCCACUGGUGAGCAAGUGAUUUCUCCAAAUCUGUUCUGAUGAUGAAACAAACUCAUCCACUUUUUGGAUGGCCUGAGGGUGAGUAAAUUGUCAACAAAUGUUCUUCUUUGGAUGAACUAUUCCUUUAAUACAUGAAAGUCUUGAACGUGAGAUCAGUGGUAGGAGAGACUUGAAAUGCACCAGUCUUGAGAUUACUGCAAUGCGGUCAGUAAAGUUUAGGUUUAGGGCUUAUCGAAGUAUCUGAUAGGUUGUCGCUGUUACGAUAACAACAUGUGCACAGUUACUUCAAUUUUGUGAUGCGAGUGGCUUUUAUCCAAGAGGGCUUUUACUAUUUAAUGUACGUUGUACAGUCAGGAGAGAAUCUGACUUCAGAUAAAUAGGGAACUUUAUAGAAGACACUAUGGAAACGUACUGUUAAUCCUGAUUUUUAACAUUUAAUUUUGUACAUAAAUGGGAGAGACUGACUUGAAAUAGUCACCGAAGGGAAACAAGGUGCAAUACAGGGACAAGAUAAACAUUCCAUGCUCAUUUUACACCAACAUUUUUUUAUUUUUUCAGAAACACAACUGAUUGGUACUCCUGUUUAUUUAGUGCAUAGAUUUCUUUUAUGUUUUUAUUUAAGGCAAAUGUUUAAUUUACCAUUUUAUUCUCUCAGAAACAAUAUGUUACUCUGAGUAAAAGUAGCCCACAACUGAAAUACAUGAUUUAUGUAUUUGCCUUUUUUGUCUGUUCACAGCACAUUCAGCACAACAGUAUAUAGUAAGUGAUUAGAAAAGAAAAAACUAGAGUAGGUUUUAUGGUGUUGAUUCAUCCAGUCUAGGUUUGUGGUACCUAUAUUUUCACACUCCUCAACCAACAUUAUAAUGUGUAAUUACAUGUUAAAGCCACACUACAUGCAAUAUAGAUGUAUGAACACUGUGUAACAACACAAUGUGAGAUUGACUAUGCAGUGUUUGUGUUUGUCCUGUUGUUUCCUGAGGCUUGACAGAUGCUGACUGAUUAUUUGGACGGUUGUUCUUUCAUUUGCAGUUUCCCAGUGAUGCCAGCAAAAAAGAGGAGCAUAUGUGGUUGUUUGAAGAUGUUUUAUUGGUACUAAGACCACAUUUCUCUUCCAUGCCUGUUCUUUUGUUUCGUUAGUGAUCAAAAUUAACAGAAAUGUGCCAAAAUUGUGGUGGGAAACUCAGUCCUUUGAACUGGAAAAUUAAAUAGAUAUUUCUGUGUCAUGAAACUGUACAUAAAUAUUAUGUAGACAUAUUGGUUAGAAAUAAAUUCUAUUUUUAAAACGCUAGAUGAUUCUAUUAAAAUUGACCUGUUAUUCGCAUGGGGAAGACAUAGUUGCAAAUGAAGAAAUUAAAAGCUGAUGAGUGUUUGUCAGAGAUGGUAUGAUUUCAAUCAGGUCCCUUGUGGUGACCUGGAUCAUUUUGAAGUUUGUUCUGUAGAGUAGCCUAAACUAAAAGUACUGUAACUGCUUAAUACUGUGGAUUGAAUCCCCACACACACACACACACACACACACACAUACAUGAACAUCUGGAUAUGUUAAAAACCAAUUAGACUGUCAGUUACACACCUUGUAUGCAAAAACACACCUGUCUGUUUUGUCCCCUUUUAUUGUGUGUAUUUUUUUUUUUUUUUAGAUCCAGAAAAAAAGAUGUACAAUGUGUGUGUUUGUGUGUCUGAGAGAGAAAUACCAGGACUCAAACUCUAAUGGAAAGUGUGAUAACUGUAAGUGCACUUUAUCAUAGCAGAACCAAAAAGGUUUCUCGUAGGAACUGGAAUCCUGACUGAGAUUCUUUUGGUUUAUUUUUCCUUUCCUCAAUAAAUGAAACACAACUUUACCAGCUGUGCCUCAGCGGUGCUUUUUAUUCAUUUGUUUGUUUGUUUUUGUUCUCCGUGUGUUCCUUUUUAAUUAUUCUCCGGCUCUUUGUGGCUGACGCACUUCAUUUUAUUUCCUUUUCGGGGUGACUAAUAAGACAGAACAUGGCAAUUUUGUACAAAGACACAAAAGGCCUUGGGCAGAGAACAGGAGGGAGAGGGAGUGAAAAGGGAGAAGAAUAGAUUCAUCAAACGAUUGAAAUAACGAGAAAUGAAAAGCUGCUUUACGGAAAGUCCUUUAUGUGCCUAAAAUGCUGAUGCAUCAACAGCAACAAACAUUUUUAGGGAUUUGCUGAGGGAGAUGUGUGACUUCCUGUGUGUCUGUGUGAGAGAGAGAUUAAAAGCAAUUGCCGUGUGUGACGUCUUUACACAAGAACACCUGCGACAGAGCGAGUCAGGGAGAGUAAGGAGUCAUGUUCUUCUAGAUAAUGUCUUUUGUUUUUACGUGUGUGUGUUGUAAGACCCCAACAGAUGUGUGAACAUGUAUGCAUAGUAUGUGCGUCACAUGCUGAUCAGUGUGUGUGUGUGUGUGUGUGUUGUUUGUUGAACAUAAACCGGUUUAAUCAAGCGGCGCUCUUUCAUAUUCCUGUGUAAUGGAGGGAUGUGCUUUUGUUCUCCAGCUGUCUGCUGUCAUUUCACCUGACAAUUUCCACAGCUAGCGGGGAAGCAGGGAUCAUUGCAACACUCAAUAAACGCAGCAUUUGGGAAAAAAUAUUGUGCACAAUGCACUCAAAGGUGACCACACUGGGUCUGUACAUGCACAGUUCAGUCCUCAACCUCCUCCCAAAAAAAUGGACUGACAGUUUGAAAUGAAGAAUGCGGAUAAUAUAAAAUAAAAUAACCAGUAAAACAUUUUCAAAGUAAUUUUUGGCUUAAAGUAAUCAUUUUAUUUAUAAUAGUUAAAAUUAUGCAUCAUUUAAAACAGUAAUGUAUCUUUUUUAUGAAUGUAACAACUCUAAAUCAGUGGAACUGAAUGCUGUUAAUGUUGGGUAUUUAUUAGUUUAUUGUAUAAAUGAUUGUUUUCUCUGUCUUUAUGCAGAUCUCCUUGGGGAUGUUUAU